AUGAACCGUAACGCGCUCUCUCAACUCCUUAGCGGUGGUCAGGCUGCUGCCCGCGGCGGCGAGGACGUUGUCUUACCAGACAACGGUGAGACCGUCCACAUCUCCUCGCUCGCUCUCCUCAAGAUGCUCAAGCACGGCCGUGCAGGUGUCCCAAUGGAGGUCAUGGGCCUGAUGCUCGGCGAGUUUGUUGACGAGUACACCAUCUCCUGCGUGGACGUCUUCGCGAUGCCCCAGUCUGGAACAACUGUCACGGUCGAGUCCGUUGACCACGUCUUCCAGACCAAGAUGCUGGACAUGCUCAAGCAGACGGGCCGCCCCGAGAUGGUCGUUGGGUGGUACCACUCUCACCCUGGGUUCGGAUGCUGGCUGUCGUCUGUGGACGUCAACACGCAGCAGUCGUUCGAGCAGCUGCAUCCGCGCGCUGUCGCUGUGGUCAUCGACCCAGUCCAGUCCGUCCGCGGCAAGGUCGUGAUCGACGCGUUCCGGAGCAUCAACCCCCAGUCCCUCAUGGCCGGCCAGGAGAGCCGGCAGACCACCUCGAACAUCGGCCACCUGAACAAGCCCUCGAUCCAGGCACUCAUCCACGGCCUGAACCGCCACUACUACUCCCUCGCUAUCGAGUACCGCAAGACAGAGGCCGAACAGGGCAUGCUGCUCAACCUCCACAAGCGCGGGUGGACCGAGGGUCUCAAGCUCGACGACUUUGAGACCCAGGAGGAUAACAACGAGAAGACGGCACAGCACAUGCUCAAGCUCGCGCAGGCGUAUACCAAGAGCGUACAGGAGGAAGCGACACUCACACCCGAGCAGCUUAAGACGCGCCACGUCGGAAAGCUCGACCCCAAGCGUCACCUCGAGGAGGCUGUCGAGAAGAACCUCGGCGACCAGCUCACGCAGAGCCUGGCGAUGGGUGUGCUGGCUGAGCUCUAG